AUGGAUGAAACUACUGUGAAGCAGGAGGACAGCGUACCUCAGACAGAAGUGAAACCAGAGGAAAGAGUACCUCAAGAAGAGGUAAAACAAGAGGAGGAAAGAGGACCAGAUCUAAAAGCUAUAAAUAUUAGUGAGACCAUUGGAGGAACUCAAACAAGGAAGUAUUUGAAUUCAGAGGUGACGCCAUUUUUGUUAUCUGGGAUGAGAAUGAUUGCAUUGACCAAACCAGCUGAUCCCUUACGUGUACUGGGAGAAUAUUUGAUUGAACAAAGUGAAAGAAAUAAAGGGAAUAAAUAA